GCGCUGUGCAUGCGCAGGGCGGGGAGACCUUGGCGAAGCGGUGGAGUUGUCUAGUGGAGGUGAACGUUGAGUCUGAGAGGCUGGGUCCGCGGCAAGAUGCAGAGCUGGAGUCGCUUGUACUGCUCCUUGGCCAAGCGAGGCCAUUUCAGUCGAAUAUCUCAUGGCCUACAGGGAGUUUCAGCAGUGUCUCUGAGGACUUACACAGAUCAAGCUAUUGAUGCUGAUGUAACAGUGAUAGGUUCUGGUCCUGGAGGAUAUGUUGCUGCUAUUAAAUCUGCCCAGUUAGGCUUCAAGACAGUCUGCAUUGAGAAAAAUGAAACACUUGGUGGAACAUGCUUGAAUGUUGGUUGCAUUCCCUCAAAGGCUUUGCUAAAUAACUCACAUUAUUACCAUUUGGCCCAUGGAAAAGAUUUUGCAUCUAGGGGAAUUGAAAUGUCUGAAGUUCGCUUGAAUUUAGAAAAAAUGAUGGAGCAGAAGAAUUCUGCAGUGAAAGCUUUAACAGGUGGAAUUGCCCACUUAUUCAAACAAAAUAAAGUUGUUCAUGUUAAUGGAUAUGGAAAGAUAACUGGCAAAAAUCAGGUUACUGCUAUAAAAGCUGAUGGCAGCACUCAAAUUAUUGGUACAAAGAAUAUCCUUAUAGCUACAGGUUCAGAAGUUACUCCUUUUCCUGGAAUCACGAUUGAUGAAGAUACAAUAGUGUCAUCCACAGGUGCUUUGUCUUUAAAAAAAGUUCCAGAAAAGAUGGUGGUUAUUGGUGCAGGAGUAAUAGGUUUAGAACUGGGUUCUGUUUGGCAAAGACUUGGUACAGAUGUGGUAGCUGUUGAGUUUAUGGGCCAUAUUGGUGGAGUCGGAAUUGAUAUGGAGAUAUCUAAAAAUUUUCAACGCAUCCUUCAGAAACAAGGAUUUAAAUUUAGAUUGAAUAUGAAAGUUACUGGUGCUACUAAGAAGUCAGAUGGAAAAAUUGAUGUUUCUAUUGAAUCUGCUUCUGGUGAUAAAAAUGAAGUUAUCACUUGUGAUGUGCUUUUGGUUUGUAUUGGCCGACGACCGUUUACUAAGAAUUUGGGACUAGAAGAUAUUGGAAUUGAGCUAGAUCCUCGAGGUAGAAUUCCAGUCAAUAGCAGAUUCCAAACUAAAGUUCCAAAUAUUUAUGCCAUAGGUGAUGUGGUUGCUGGCCCAAUGCUGGCUCACAAAGCAGAGGAUGAAGGCAUUAUCUGUGUUGAAGGAAUGGCUGGUGGUGCUGUGCAUAUUGACUAUAAUUGUAUACCAUCAGUGAUUUACACACACCCUGAAGUUGCUUGGGUUGGCAAAUCAGAAGAGCAAUUGAAAGAAGAGGGUAUUGACUACAAAGUUGGGAAAUUCCCAUUUGCUGCUAACAGCAGAGCUAAGACAAAUGCUGACACAGAUGGCAUGGUGAAGAUUCUUGGGCAUAAAUCAACGGACAGAGUAUUGGGAGCACAUAUCCUAGGACCAGGUGCUGGUGAAAUGGUAAAUGAAGCUGCUCUUGCAUUGGAAUAUGGAGCAUCCUGUGAAGAUAUAGCAAGAGUCUGCCAUGCACACCCGACCUUAUCAGAAGCUUUUAGAGAAGCAAACCUGGCUGCAUCAUUUGGCAAGCCAAUCAACUUUUAAAUUAGAAGACUUUAAUAUUUUUUUUUUUUCUGGAAUUUCCUGUGUGCUCUUACAGAGGUGACAUUUCUGAACAGGAAUUGUUCACAGCUCCAAGAAUUUCUAGGACUGAAUUAUGAAACUUUUGGAAGAUAUUUAAUAGGCUUGGAUAGAAUGGAACUAUACCUAUAUAUAUAUAUAUAUAUUUUAAAAUAAAUUUUAAUAUGUUUUAGUGCAUUAAUGUUACAGCAAAUGCAAACUUUUCAUCAGCUCACAUUUUCAUGCUGUUUAUAAAAGACUCAACUUCACUGAGUUGUUAAGUAGCUGUUUUUCUCUGAUAUAGUGAAGCUGUAUAUACGCAUAUGGAUGGAGCUAGAUUAUGGUAUAUGGACAGCUGUGUUUGAAUCAAGGCAAUUGCAUUAUUUUAAACUUGGUUUUCAUAUUGGAAACAGGUUAAUCAUUAGAGUAAGAUUCAGAUCUGUAUAAACUGAUGUAAAUAAACAUGAUGGUUUCA